GGAUCCAUCUGUCAAGUUCAACACUGACUCGCUAAACCGGACCUGGACUAGGACUAACCCGGGUCUCUGAUGGACCAGGAUCUGCCUCCGUCCGGACCCGGAUCAGACUCAUGAGGUUCCCCGGAGGAGGAGCACCGGAGGCGGCGCUGCUGCUGCUGCUGCUCGGCCUCUGCUGCUGCACCGACCCCGGACGCAGAGUCUGCCAGGGGACCAGUAACCACCUGACGCUGCUGGGGACACGUGACCAUCACUAUGACAACAUGAUGCGGAUGUAUUCCAACUGUUCCGUGGUCCUGGAGAACCUGGAGGUCACCUACACCCAGGAGAACCACGACCUGUCCUUCCUCCGGUCCAUUCAAGAAGUGGGCGGUUACGUCCUGAUCGCCAUGAAUGAUGCAGCGACCGUCCCAUUGGUCAACCUGAGGCUGAUCCGAGGCCACGCCCUCUACGAAGGCCAGUACGCUCUGCUGGUGAUGUCCAACUACCACCGCAACAGCAGCUCAGCCAGCCUGGACUACAGCAGCGGACUGAGGAGCCUGCAGCUCAGCAACCUGACAGAGAUUCUGAAAGGGGGGGUAAAGGUGACCCACAAUCCUUUGCUGUGCAACAUCGAGACCAUCCAGUGGUGGGACAUCCUGGACAAAACCACUGAUCCCAGCGUCGUCGUCAAACUGGAGAACUAUCCACGCCAAUGUGAAAGCUGUGAUCGUGGGUGUGUUAACGGCUCCUGUUGGGCUUCAGGACCAGAUCACUGCCAAAAAUUUACUAAACUCCAGUGUGCAGAUCAGUGCAGUCGAAGGUGUCGAGGUCCCAAACCCAUCGACUGCUGUAACGAACACUGUGCAGCCGGAUGCACUGGACCCAAGGCCACCGACUGCCUGGCCUGCAGACUCUUUAACGAUGAUGGAACCUGUAAAGACGCUUGUCCUCCUCCGUUCCACUACGACGUCAACACCCACCAGGUCGUCUCCAACCCCAACGCCAAGUUCACCUUCGGGGCGACCUGCGUCAAAGCCUGCCCACACAACUACGUGGUGACUGACGGCUCGUGUGUCCGGACCUGCAGCAUCGGGAAGUAUGAGGUGAUGGAAAACGGCGUCCAACGCUGCAAAGACUGUGACGGACCGUGUCCUAAAGCCUGCGACGGCGUCGGCGUCGGCGCUCUGGUCAAAACCAUCGCUGUCAACGCCUCCAACAUCGAAUCCUUCAGGAACUGCACCAAGAUCAACGGGGACGUGUCCCUCAUAGAGACCUCCUUCACAGGAGACCGACACUACGGCAUCCCGGCCAUGGAUCCGUCCAAGCUGGAGUACUUCAGGACCCUGAAGGAGAUCACCGGUUUUCUGCUGAUCCAGUAUUGGCCGGAGAACAUGACGUCGCUGUCGGUGUUCGAGAACCUGGAGAUCAUCAGAGGAAGAACAACUCGCAGCGGUCACAGUGUGGUGGUGGUGGGGGCGUCCCACCUGCGCUGGCUGGGUCUGCGUUCUCUGCAGGAGGUGAGUGCUGGGAAGGUUCUUCUGAAGAACAACGCCCAGCUGUGUUUCACCCAACCCGACAAAUGGAGGCGCCUCUUCAAAACCAGCGCUCAGACCGUCUCCUUAAAAGACAACGCUCCGCCCGCACGCUGCCUUUUACAGAACCAGACGUGUGACAGUGAAUGCACCGCCGCCGGCUGCUGGGGUCCAGGUCCGUCCAUGUGCGUUUCCUGUCGACACUUUGACCGUAGGGGGCGCUGUGUGCAGCUGUGUAACCUGCUGGAGGGUGAGCCCAGGGAGGUGGUGGUGAACAGCAGCUGUCAGGAGUGUCACCCUGAGUGUCGUCUGCAGAGUGGAGUGGAAACCUGCCACGGACCGGGUCCAGACCAGUGUUCCCAGUGCGCCCACUUUAAGGACGGCCCCCACUGCGUCCACAGCUGUCCUCAGGGUGUCCUGGGAGACGGAGACCAGCGGGUGUGGAAGUACGCUGACCGGACGGGCCGCUGUCGGUCCUGUCACCAGAACUGCACCCACGGGUGUUCUGGUCCUGGACCGUCCGGAUGCAGCUCUACCCAUCAGUCCAUGCUGGCGGCGGGCGUGGUCGGCGGGCUCCUGGUCGCCGUCAUCGUAUCGCUGGUGGUGUUUGUGUUGCUACGGCGACGGCGGAUCACGAGGAGGAGGACGAUGCGACGGCUGCUGCAGGAGAGAGAGCUGGUGGAGCCGCUGACCCCUAGUGGCCAGGCCCCGAACCAGGCCCUGCUCCGGAUCCUGAAGGAGACCGAGAUUAAGAAGAUCCGGGUCCUGGGAUCCGGGGCCUUCGGGACCGUCUUCAAGGGUCUGUGGGUUCCAGACGGAGAAAAUGUGAAAAUCCCAGUCGCCAUAAAAGUUCUCAGAGAAGCAACGUCGCCCAAAGCGAACCAAGAAAUCCUCGACGAGGCCUACGUGAUGGCGAGCGUGGACCACCCUCACGUCUGUCGUCUUCUGGGGAUCUGCCUGACGUCGUCGGUGCAGCUGGUCACUCAGCUGAUGCCGUUCGGUUGCCUCCUGGACUACGUUCGCCACCACCGCCAGCGCAUGGGCGCCCAGUGGCUGCUCAACUGGUGCGUCCAGAUCGCCAAGGUUCCCAUCAAGUGGAUGGCGUUGGAGUCCAUCCUCCAGUGGACGUACACCCACCAGAGCGACGUCUGGAGCUAUGGCGUCACCGUGUGGGAGCUGAUGACGUUCGGGUCGAAGCCGUACGACGGCAUCUCUGCCACCGACAUCGCCUCGGUCCUGGAGCGAGGAGACCGCCUCCCUCAGCCUCCCAUCUGCACCAUCGACGUCUACAUGAUCAUGGUCAAAUGUUGGAUGAUCGACCCGUCCAGUCGGCCCAGGUUCAGAGAACUGGUCCGGGACUUCUCCAGGAUGGCCAGCGACCCACAACGAUACCUGGUCAUACAGGGCGACCUCCCCUCUCCCACCGACAGCAGGUUUUACUCCCGCCUCCUGAGCGCUGACGACAUGGACGACGUGGUGGACGCCGAGGAGUACCUGCUGCCUUACAAAGGCGCCAGUAACCAUGACGACCGGCCCUGCGGCGCUACGAACGGACACGCCGUCAGAGGAAACAGCGUCGUCCUGCGUUACAUCACAGACCCCACGCUCAACCCGCUGGACAAAGACGACGUCAGCGGACACGAGUACAUGAACCAGAGUAUGAGUGAGACCAGCCGCAGCAGCAGGAUGUCAGACGUUCUGAACCCCAACUAUGAGGACCUGAGUCAGGCCUGGGGGCCGUGCCUGCCCCCCCCUCUGGAGGACCUGAACACGUCCGGACCCGAAUACCUGAACACGAUGCAGAGCUCGCUGGCUCUGGCCCCGCCCCCUAGCGACAGUCUCGACAACCUGGACUACCAGGCCCACUUCCUGCCGCAGACCGGAUCGGCUUUAACCCCCAACGGACAGUUCCUCCCGGCCGCAGAAAACCUGGAAUACCUGGGUCUGGGGGCUGCGCAUCAUGCCCCCGCCCGCUAGGGGGCAGCAGCACCCAGACCCAGACCCAGAACCGGCACUGACCGGACCUGGCUUUAAGCUGCUGACUGUAUUUAAGAGUUGAUUUGACACGUUUCCAGUGGAUGACGUGUUUUUGACCUUUGACCUGCUGCACUGAGGCCCUGAACCAAUGAAGAAUUCCCCUUACACCUCCAGAACACAAUUACCCAUGAUUCUCUUGUGGCAGAAGUGAAACUCUUUUUAUUUGUGUCAAACUUACCUUUGGAAAUGAACGGGGGAAAGUCCUGACUAUGUAAAUAACAAGUGGAGUUUGAAAGUGAGAACUGACGACGACGCAGACACUGGAAACAUGAACAGCCUUUUUAUUUGGAAUCACAGGUGAAUUUGAGAAAAAUGAUUCAGUGUUGGAGCAAAAUUCCCACCAAAACCUGUUUUACCAACAGGAAAUUUUUUAAAACCUCAUUCAAAUACUAAACAGAUGUGGGUCAGUGAUGAGUAAGAGUUGGGACGUUUGGAAGCGAUUUAAUCUAAAAAGUGGAUUAUUUUCCUUGAGGUGUUAGUUGAUCCAGUUCAGAGGAGGCAGGUUUUCUGCUGUUAUGAGUUCUGAAAACAGACGAUUCAAAACUAAAGGACGAUUAUCACCUAAAAGUGUCUGGUUCAAACCCCAGGCCCCGGCCACACCAAGACGGCUUCAGUCGUAUCUGCAGAAGUUUUGUUUCGCAGUGUUUCUUCAACUUUUUGAACAAACGCCCCUUUCCGUCAUCAUGAGCGCAUAAGCCCCCCCCCCACAGAAAAAUAAAAGUGCAAUCGGGGUAUACAUUGCAUAGAUAAGGGGGGGAAACUACAGCCAUUACCACCAAAGACUGGGGCGUGGUACCAUGAUGUACCUUAUUGUGGGAGGACCGGGGGGGGCAUAUGGAACACCCCCCAUCCCCCUCUCAGCUUCAAAGCCCCCCGACGGCAUCCCAACAAUAGAAACACUGUUUUAUCGGACAGGCCCUUCGUCCACAUGAAACCACCGUUUUCAGUCACUGAAACCACAACUUUUUAAACCAGGUCCCAGACUGGAUCCAUCUGAAAACGCUGGUUUCACGUCUUCGUCUGUACGACCAAACCAGACCAAACCAAACCAAACCAAACCAAACCACAACUUUUCUAAAACCAGGAUGUCAGAGAGCAGCAGCCAGGAGGAGCUAUAGGAUCAGACCGGUAGAACCAUGCUAGCUUUGUGCACACGCUCCACGUCUUCUACUCUGUUUUUUGCAAGAGCGUUCCAACGCCACCUACAGGCCUAGCAUUUGUACAACAUCGUAUUCAGCGGUUUCCAGUGGUUUCGUGCGGACGCAGAUACUUCCUGGUGGAACCGGUGGUGUCGGACUCUGCGUUGUGUUUUUUUAAGGACGAGACCUGCACGGAUAACUCUGAAGGCAGUCUCCGUUUAUUGUUUUUCGGCUCCUGACAAAGUGACAAAGAUACAAAAACCUCUGGUCAGCGACCCCCUUAAAACAUGCCCCUCUCCCAUAGAGAUCCGGAACAAAAGGCUAAUCCUACUGUAAUGGACGUUCUUCUGUGUCCAGUGCGUGUUUGUCCGAUCGAUGUCCUGAUGU